AUGGAACUAUCGAAUAUUUUGCAGCGGCGGCUCCUCAUCUCGACCGAUCAACGACAGCAAAAUCGUCGCAUUGACAUGUCCAACACGAUCGCCCCAGCGGCUGCCAAAGAGACGGAAAAGGAGUUGAUCAAGAACGGACACGAUGACGAAGACGGAUGCCACAAAUCGGCGAAGAGAGCCCGACUGAGGGAAUGGCAACCACCGGUUAGAGAAUGUUAUGUUGAAGGCUCAAAGACGCUGGUGAUCCUUUUUGGUUGGGCCGGUUGCCGAGACAGAUAUCUGAAGAAAUACGCCGACUACUACCAAGCCUCUGGAAUCUCAACCGUUCGUUUUACGGCGCCUAUCUCUCACAUUCGACACAUCACCGACUAUCAACCAUUAGCACAACGAGUAUUUGACACGGUUUUCGGAAAAGAGGGUGAUAAUUGGGCUCACGAUGUUUACUUUCAUGUUUUCAGUAUGAAUGGUUGUGCGACGUUUUGCGCUUUCUGGGAUGGUUUGCAUGGGAAACAUUUUGAGGAAUCGUUGAAGAAACGUGUGAAGGGAAUCAUUUUUGAUAGUUGCCCAGCCAACGUUUCUGCAAAUCAAUCCGCUCGUGCCAUUUCUUUUGCCGCUUUUCCACCGUCUGCUCAUCCUGCACCUAUUCGAGAAUCUGUCAAGGCACUUCUUUUUACAUACUUCUCGGUGCAAAGAAUGAUCUUUUGGGUGCGUUCAAUUUGGGAAGAGGGCGUUUAUGAGAGGAAUUUUGCGUUCUUCCGAAUGUUGGCUAUCAAUGAUCUUCCGCAGAGGCAAUUGUACUUGUAUGGACCGGGAGACGAUAUUUGCUCACUGCACUCGAUCGAGAAAUUUGCCGAAGUUCAACGAUCUCUUGAGAAAGAGGUCGUCCUACACUGUCUACCCGAUUCGGCUCAUUGUCAACACAUGCGCAAACAUCAAAAAGAAUAUCAACGCCACUGUCUCCAAUUCAUCGACCCAAAUUGGGAUGUGAACGGGAAUUCGGUGGGAAGUGAGAAGUCGGCAUCGUGUUCGUCAUUGGAACAACAACCCGAGAUCCAAGUCACUAUU